CUGUUCAAGAUAAUAACUUCAAAACUGCUUCAGAUGAUUUAUACUCAUUUCACCAUAAGGUAGUCCAAGAGAAUAGUAUUCAACUCUCUGGAUGGUCUACAAUAAACAAAUAUAUAUGCAAGAAAGGCAAGUGGACUAGUUCGCUUUGUCUACACGAAUUCUACGAUAUAGAGACGCAAUCACAAGAAUUGUGUGAAUUUGCUAAAGUCCUUAAUCUGAAUUAUAAUGCUUUUAUGAUUUGCAUGACAUUGCAUUGGAAAGAUGAUCCAAAACCACUAAAGCCAAUAUGUCUUAUUGAUGUUGAAAUGGAACUAGAUCUGUGA